AGUGUAGUAACCAAUCAUCGCCAAAGACGUUUCCAUCAUGGCUUUGUAUCAAGUCACCCUUAUCGAAGAUUUACGAAAGCGCUCACCCUCUUCAUCACGACCAAAGGCACGUUCCUUCAUGAAGAAGAAAAUCAGUGGGAUUUAAAUUCCUCGAGAAGCGUUCAAAUGAAUCCGGCAAACUCGUAUCCUGACUGCUUAUGUGUAUGGCGUGGGUAAAACCACAAGGCGUGAAACCGAUGCGGGCACAGUCAUCGCCAGAUACUCACCUCGCUGGGUCGAAGCGGUAAACGUGGAAAGCGGCUAAUUUAAUGACCCCAUUGUGGUUCCAUCGUGGAAAAGAGAAAUGAAAGGAAGGACACGAACAAUUAAGCUGUAAUUCUAUAUUUCACCUUUCUUUCCUUCCUAGCAGUUUUUGCAGUGAUCUUGUUGUGAACAUUACUGAUCGCGCACUUGGCUGCUGCUGCUCUGGCAUUAACCUGAACGUAGAUACUGCGACUCUCGAGCGUCUCAACAAUACGUUCUCGUGGCUGCUUUGAAGGGUGACGAUCUUUCUCUCUCCCUUUUCUUCUGUUUUUUACGACAGGCUGCCAGCACGUUGUCUGUUGUGCUUCCUCAUGAGCAGUUGUGAGGAAGUGCCACCUGCUAACGGGUGAAUGCACAUGCAUUUCAAACGUGGAAGGUGAAAUCCUGCGAUGCACCUGAAGCUUUCCCAGCCGGUGGUUUUCGCGAUCUGAGGUGUCCAUGGGGACAUUCGCGCUUCUUUUUUCAAGCCCCGGAGACCUUCUCUACUCCACAAAACUUCUCUCGUUGUUCUUUCAGCUUGCACUCACCUUCGAAUCGAUUGCGUACGCCGACGCACCCACACAAGUUUUUCUCAGCUUCCUGCUGUUCGUGUAUUUCGAGCAACGACUUUCAACCUGAGGGAUUCGCCUUGUUGCUCCCCUCUCCCUCCCCCUCUCCCUCCCCCUCUCCAUUACUCUUAUAGUGCAGAUGUCUCUCCAAAGUAGUUCUUUGCCAGCGCCACCAUCGGCUGUACCAUCAGCGAAUGAUGAAGCCGCCGCCAUUGCAGCAGGUUACGCGCAAGGUCACAUCACGGUAUAUUACAGGGAUUGCAAACGGUUGCCUAGCAUGCAGUCCGCAUCCACAAGCACGUCCAUAGGUGCGGAUGCUCCGUCCCCCGUGUUCUCGUCACACCGACACGACACCGCUGAGUCUCUGACACAGCUGGGUGACUUUCGUUUCCUGCCCCACCCAACGUACGCGGGACGCAGCGGGAAAACGCUCAACAAGCCACUCUACCUGCACCACUUAAUGACGUGAGGAAGGGUGGGUCGCUGCUUCUGCAGAGAGAAAAAUCCAUUUGUCCUGUUUUUGCGUUUCAGCGCAAAAGCCGUGUUUUGUUUUGUUGUGUUGUGUUUGAUGUUUGCAGCGGUCUCACGGUGCUUUCGCGCUGUUACAAAGGAAAGAAGUAUAUAUAUAUAUGUAUUGGUUUGGCGCGAUGCCGGUGAACAUACUCACCGUAUUUUUGCAAACACACAAACAUCAUCAAAAAAAAAAAAAUAGAAUCGAUGAGCGUUCCUCCCACACCAUCUGAAGCCAUUUGCUUCAGCAAAACGAGCGUGUUGUUUGUCGCGAGAAGGAUCUGCACGCACCACCACAGAGCAGGAGUGAAGGUUCUCUCUCUCCCUCUUCUUCGUCUUGUCCCACAAGUCCGCUUCGUUUUCUUGGCGCUUCUACAUUCUACUUCUUCUUACCCGUUCUAUCUAUUUGCCGUUGUGGCUGUUCUUGUCAUGAUGCUCGUUGGAGGUGGAGAACUUUAGGAACGGGGGAUAACGGUUUGGUUGUGCGUGUUUUAUCACACGUGCAUCAUCGUUCAGCUACACUGCUGUAGGAAAGGGAAAAGGCCUUUCUACCAAAAACUCAAGUAAAAAGGAAAACGUUUUCCUUCAAUGCAAUGAGCUCCCUUUCGACAGCGUCACAGCCGUCAUCGCAUGGGCGAAUGGUGGAGAUUGCGGUGCAAGAUCCGGAGACCGUGCAGGAACGCGUCUUCCGCUGCGCAUUGGAGCCCCUGCGUAGUCACAUGCGGUUCUUUGAGCCCAUAAUCGCGAAACAGAUGAGCGAAGUCAAGACGGCUGCUGCUGCGUCGCCGUCGGGCACCACGCCGCCCCUCAAGUUGCGCGCCAAGUGCGAUCACCGCACCUUCGAGUGGCUCCUCGAUUGGAUGAACGGUAAGGCGCCUGCCAUGACGAUGCGAAACAUCGUGAGUGUCACGUUGUCCUCGCACUUUCUGCAGAUGCAGGCGCUGGCUGAAGAGUCGCUGCUGUACCUCCGCACAAACCUGUCCACCAUUGUUUCCUCCCACAUCGACCUGAUGGCACUCCCUGUUGAUUUGGUGCUGCGGCUGAGUCGUAUGGUGCAGGACGGCGACCUCGCAGCCGUGCUGCAGCGCUUGUAUGAUAGCAAAACCUCUACGCACCCGAAUCGCGCCUUCGUCGCCACGGUGCUGCAGCAUUACGUGUACUACCUUCUCGGUCUUGAAGGCGAGGGCGACGACGGAGACGACGGUGCAGGUGGGCCGCGCUCCGACAACGCAACGCCUGCGAGCGACAAGAACGCUGCAGAAACACACGAUACAGCCAACGCUUGCAGUGGCGAGGCAGGCUUACACCUGAGAAGCUCAUCGGGUCUGCGUUGGUGUCGGUUGUGCGCGAUGCUUGUUGACCAGGCAGAGAUUCAGCGCCUCACCCGUGUUUUUCAGCUCUCCGCACCGGAGUGUCCGGCGCAAACGGCGAUGGAAAGCGGGUCUGCACCCUCUACCUCGAACAUCUCUCCUUCACCAUCGUCCUUUCGGGAAGGUGCGGCAGCAAAUAAUAACGGUUCCAGGACCAGCAAAGGCAACGGCCGCAACCACAGCCGCACGAAGGAUGUGGCGAAAGGAGCAGGCAAACCUCCCACCAUCCGAUAUGUGGGCCCACGCGGAGAGGUCUUCACAACACACGCCGAAUCACGGCGUGCGUUGCCGGUUGUGCUCGAGGCGCCGCCGCUUUUAAAGUACGACCCAGCAGCGACGGCGGCCGCCACCACUGCCGCCAUGAUGCAACUGGAGCGGUGGGCGUGGCGCAUCAUCGGUGCCAUUCGCUACGUCAGUUGUCGACGUUGUUUUCAUCUCGUGCCGCUGGUGGAAGUGUCGACUCACCAUUGCUCAAACUUGCCGCAUAAGUUUGCGUCGCCCGACAACGUCGCUGGUGAUGUGGAUCACCUUGUGCGUUGGUUUACGUACUGCGCUGAGCAGCGCGUGUACGCGGAGGAGGGCGGCCUCACCCCUCUUCUGUUCAACGGACCUCGCCGUGUGCUGGCGGAGGAGGUGGUGGAGGUGCGUGUGGGAGCCCCGUCGGAAUCUGCGUUGUUGCCGUCGAAGUCCGUAAAGAACGGUGGGAGUGGUAGCGAUGGAAUUGUCAAUGGAAACGGUGCCCGCAGCACUGCUGCAGCGGAGAGAGGGGGGAAGGACGUCGCAUCGUGGCCCAGCAUCGCCGGAGCAGCUUCAAACCAACCCAUGUCCUUCUGGGCAAGCCAACCCUUCUAUGUGGCGGAGGUGAUGGACAAGGGCAUCGUUGACAUCGAUAUUCAAAACUACGUGGAGCGGCAGCAUCGAUUUCAAGUUGAAGCGCAGCAGCGCAAAACCUCUGCGCUUUUCAAUCCUCCACACAUGCGUCUCGCGAGCUCUCCGAUGGCGGGGCAGGGCGCCUCAAUGCCGGCGCAGUCUCCUCAGUUUGUUUCCAGCGUGAGUGGUGCGAGCAGCAGCGGUAGCCUCAACCGCGGGAAGGCGAAUUUGAAGCCGAGAAGUAUGCGAGGCGGCGUUCGAAGCCCUUAUGGAUUUUGA